AUGGUCGUAAAUCAAUCGGGCAUCAUCGGAAAUCGAAGAUAAAACGAUAUUGUGGCUCAAAAAUUCGAACCGAAUCGAGUUGAAGUAGAAGAGAUGACAAGUCGAGGAGGAGGAGGCCGUACAAAAUAUGGAUAACAUUGUCAAACUAGAACGAAGAGCCCUUGGUGGCUUUGGAUUUAGUGUGAUAGGAGGUGUAGAUACUCAUCUUCCUCCCAUGGUUUGUGCUAUAGUUCAGAAUGGAUCGGCGCAUCUUAGUGGAAAGAUAUGUGCUGGUGAUGUUAUACUAGAAGUGAAUGGGAGACCCAUAACAGGACUCACAACAGAAGAAGUUGUAGAAUGUAUAAGAGACUCCCCUGAUGAACUAACACUGCGGCUCAUGAAAGACAGUGGAGCCAAAGAGCGUGCAAAGCCAUUCUUAAGGAAGUUUGCAGUUGCUGAUCCAAAAAUCCCAUUGUACCAAGCAAAGCUACACCGUACUGCCUCAGCUCCUCACACAUGCAUCACUGAAAAUCUUGUUAAAAGUAAAUACAAAAACAAGUCUGAUUCGUCUCCCAUUAUGAGGAGAAAUACCGGGAUAGAAACAAGAAAAGAGGACUUAAAAGUGAAGAAAAACUUACUUGCCAUAGAUGAAAACCCUGAUGGAACAAAGUAUCAUAGACUUAUCACUUAUUUUCCUGUUGACGGUAACCAACCUCAGACAAUGGAAGAUUUUUCUGCAUUGAAGCACAAAGAGAUAAAGCAUAAACGUUUUUCAGGGGAAGAUGAAUAUCUUUCUGGUGAGAUUUCUACCAGUGCGAGCUCUUUACCAAAAAAUUGUCCCUCUUGUGGUGGAGGAAUGCUUGUAUCUAGCACCCCUGGGUUGCAUGAAGGCAAUUCUAGACAGAAGCCCGGCAGCCCGACUAAACUACGCUGCAGAAAAUGUGGAAAAAGCUUGCAUGUAACACUUAGUAAUAGUAGUCUACCAGAAAAAUCUGGACCAUCAAGUAGAACAUUUGAAUCUUCGCCGAUAAAACCAUCUAGUUCACUACCUUCUAAUGCUACUUUAGGAAUCCAAAGAAAGGGUGUUGAUCAAUUGGAUAAUAGUGAGGAUACAAGAACUAGAAUUGAACAAAGUGAAGAAAAUGAACUAAAAAUUGAUAACGGAAGUGUUGGGCAGCCUAGUAAGGGUUUAACAGGGUCAUCAUCAGAAGCUUCAGUGGCUAGUGAGUCACAGUUACAAGUGGAAAGAGAGAAGGCUGGUGAAAUGGCAAUCAAAUUGUAUCGACUGGAAGGGUUUACAAAGGAUGAAGUUGCUGCGGAGCUCAGUAAAAAUACAAGAUUUGGAAAAACUGUUGCCCAAGAGUACCUGAAGUUGUUUGACUUUACUGACAUGACCUUAACAGAAGCUCUUAGGAAGUUCUUUAAGUAUGUCCUACUGAUUGGUGAGACACAGGAAAGAGAGAGAAUCCUUAUCCCAUUCUCUGAACGAUAUUAUGAAUGCAAUAAACCUGAGUAUGGCUCUUCAGAUGCAGUCCAUACUCUGAUAUGUGCUAUUCUUCUUCUAAACACUGAUCUACAUGGUGAGAAUAUCAGUAAAAAAAUGGCUUUAACAUCAUUUUUGGAAAACAUGACUGGUCUUUGUGAUGGGGGAGACUUCCCUAAAGAAUUACUUAAGUCAAUUUACCAAGAAAUCAAAGAAUCACCAUUUGAGUGGAGUGGAGAAAUACCACCACGGUCAGCACCUGGAACACCAAAACCGUCCAGAAAUGUGAAUGGAAUAAGGGCAUCGCCAGGAAAUCCAUUUUUAGAGAUUCAGUGCGAUGAAAAUGACAAGGUGUACAGGGAAGGACUGGUGUACAGGAAAGUGACAAUGGAGUCUGAAGGAAAGAAAACUUCAGCAUGGAAAAGAAAAUGGAUGCCAUUCUAUGCAACACUCAAAGGUCUAAUAUUAUUUUUACACAAGUCUGAUGAAAUCAGUCAUCUUGAAAACACAAGGAACUGCUUGGGGAUCCAUCAUUGUUUUGCAAGUCGUGCCAUGGAUUACACAAAGAAACAGUUUGUGUUUCGUCUCGUCACUGCUGACUGGAGAGAAUUCCUCUUCCAAGCUAAAAAUCAUAAUGACAUGGCAGGAUGGAUCGAUAUGCUUAAUUUGGUUGCCGCUACCUUUUCAUCACCCCCCCUGCCUGCACCAGUCGGAUCAAGCAAGAGGUUCCAAAGACCAGUUCUUCCAUUCUCUAAGACAAGAUUGACUCUGGCUAAGCAAAUUGAGCACCAUGAACAGAAGGCCAAAGAAUCACAAGAUAGCUUAAUAGCCUGUUUGCAAAACCAACCUAGAGAAGGAAUGUCACGGUACCUUCAGGAUUGGCAGGAAAAAAGGGAUUUCUUGGAAUAUGAAUAUAAACGCUACAUGAGUUAUGUGACAGCGUUACGAGGAUCCAAACUAGAGAGCAAGAUCCGUGAUAAACCAAAAGGUGAAGCCAGGUCAGCAGAAUCAAUAAUGCUACAGAUGAAACGAAGUAGUUCUGUAGGCAACCUAGACUCUAGUACAGGUUACAGGGCUAGGACAAUUAGAGAGAGUUAUUUUAUGGCUAUUUACCAAGAAUAAUCUUAAAUUUAUAAAUCAAUUAUAAAUUCAAAAUAAUUACAUUAAUUCGAGUAAGUUAUAUACAAUAUGGUUUGGUCCUGUAAAUACUAUUAAUAAUAAUAUUGUAUGGAACGAACCUGAUGGCAUUGAAGAGUCUUAUAAAUAUUGCGCUAUAGUGAUCAGUGAUGGAGUGUCGGCCCACAUCCUGGUCAGAGGUUAUAGUCACUGGCGAAACACAAAUUGGAUUAAGAAUGGUUUUAUUUAGAUUUAAUAUAUACCAACACCUUCAGAGUUUAUUUCAAGCAGUUAUAAAGGAACUAAAGAAUUUUAAAAUCCAGAAAAAAUAAUUUAUUUAAAAUUUGUUGUAUGGUAAAAUGGUGUAAAAAAUUUCACAACGGAGAUCUGUUUUUGACCAAAAUUGUAAAAUUAUCAAUGAAAGAAAAGAUACAAAUGACACUGUACAUAUGACCUUAAACCUUUCAAAUUGUAGAAUCAUGAACAACACACAAUCUUUCUCAGAAAUUUUUCAGUCCAUUUAAGCACUUAUCACAUGUAGAUAUUUAUCAAAGGCAUACAUACAGAGUACAUUGAAAAUACUAAACACAAGUAGAUUUUGUAUUUUUAUCAGCAGUUUUGGAACUCUUCAUCACCACCAUACUCAGCUGGCUGCUAACACUAUAAAAGUAGGCUUUCGCAUGCAAUAGACUUGAUAUAAUAAAGCCCUCAACAGUUUUUAUCUGUAGAACGUGUAUAGAAUUUGGCUGCACUGGUGGCUGCCUUCAUAUCAGAACUAAAUAAAAGUAAUUAGAUGAAAGCUCGCAUUAUAACGUAAACAUAACUCUGACACCUUGAUUUAAUACAAAUAAAUAAAUGGCACACAGAAAUGUAUUUAGAUCUAGAUAGGAAUGAGAUAAAAUGAAUUAUGAUAUAGUCAGGUAUAAAAAAAUAAAAAGGUAGUACACCUUUUGCUGUUCAUUAACCGCAAAGGAAUAUUCAUUCAAGCGAAAAAGCAUUAUCAUUAGCGCGAAGAGGCACACAAUAACGCGAACGGAGUUUCAAGAGCGCGAUGGAACAUUCAUUAAGGAAUUUAGCAUAACAUUGGACAAUCAUGAAUAUGUUUGUGCAGGUUCAUUAGCGUUUUCGAAGUUUCAUUAGCGCCUUUGUGCAAUCAAUAGACAAAACCACACUUUCAAUAACGGUUUUUGGACAUUCAUUGGCGCAAUACAUUAUUACUUUACUUUUUACACGGGAAUUGUAGGAUUUUAGCUAGAAGGCAAGGCAUUCCACUCGGAGAGCUAAGAAAA